AUGGCGACUCCUGGCACCUACUCGAAUCCAGCGUAUCAUAUCCAUGACCUAAAUGACCCAAGGCUCGAACUUGCCUACGAAGAAGGCCACGAUGCCGAUAUACCUUCCAAUCUAGGCGUCUACACCCCGGGACAGCGCUCGUCAAUUCACGACCAUGAAAAGGGCGACCUUGAAAAAGGUGCAAUCAGCCACCCCACCACGUCUAGCGGGGAGGUAGACGACGGGGCGGAUACAACAGAAAAGCUGGAAGGUGCCGAGGAAUCAGACCCGAAUGUCGUAUUUUGGGACGGUCCAGAUGAUCCAGAGAAUCCCAUGAACUGGCCGAAUUCAUUAAAGUGGGGAAACAUCGCCAUUCUCUCGUCAAUUACGUUCGUAACCCCUCUCGCAUCCUCUAUGUUCGCACCCGGCGUCCCUGAAGUUAUGGCUGGCUUCCACGAGAAAUCAGACCUUCUGGCAGCCUUUGUCGUGUCCGUUUUUCUCCUCGGCUUCGCGUUUGGACCACUAAUCGUGGCACCGUUGAGUGAGUUAUACGGGAGACGGUGGAUCUACCAUUCCUGCAAUAUCCUCUUCAUCAUCUUCACCAUUGCCUGUGGGGUGUCCAGCAACUUCAACAUGCUUGUCGGAUUCCGAUUCCUUCAAGGCUCAGUCGGGUCUGCCCCUCUGACGAUUGGAGGUGGAACGAUAGCGGACUUGAUGCCAGUUGAGAAGCGCGGCGGAGCCAUGGCCAUCUGGGCCAUGGGCCCACUUAUAGGGCCUGUGGUUGGGCCUGUAGUUGGCGGGUUCCUUGUACAAGCAAAAGGAUGGCGAUGGGUAUUCUACCUGAUUGCCAUACUGGGCGGUACCGUCACGAUUCUAGCAUUCGUCUUCAUGCGGGAGUCAUACGCGCCCGUAAUCCUGGAACGAAGAGCUGCAAAGCUUCGCAAGGAGACUGGAAACCCGAAUCUCCGAUCCAAGCUCACGUCGCCCAUCUCACCGAAGGAGUUGUUCCGCCUCAGCAUUGUGCGGCCCACCAAGAUGCUCCUGACCUCACCAAUCGUGUUUUGCAUGUCCUUUUACUCGGCUGUUGCGUACGGCAUACUCUACCUCCUCUUCACGACCAUCACCUUCGUCUUUGAAGAGAAGUACCAUUUCUCCUCCGGAACGGUUGGACUUACCUACAUUGCCACGGGCAUAGGCAUGAUCAUCGGUCUCGCUGUUCUGGGUGUCCUAAGUGAUCGAGUUCUCAAGAACCAAAAGGCGAAGGGAAAGGCCUUGAAACCCGAAGAUCGUCUGCCGAUGAUGCUGACCGUUCCUGGCGGCAUUUGCUUGCCAGUCGGGCUCUUCAUUUACGGCUGGGGAACAGACAAACAUGUCCACUGGAUUGUUCCACUUAUUGGCACAUCUUUCGUCGGAAUAGGGAUGCUAAGCAACUUUUUGACCAUCCAAACCUACCUCGUCGACGCUUUUACCCUGCACGCGGCGUCCGCGAUGGCCGCUAACACAGUCAUUCGUUCCAUCUUCGGUGCUAUACUUCCCCUAGCAGGCUUAUCAAUGUACAACAAGCUUGGUCUUGGCUGGGGAAACUCCCUUCUGGGGUUCGUUGCCCUUGGCUUGAUUCCGGUCCCCGUUAUCUUCAAGAUCUACGGCGAGCGUAUUCGGACAAAUCCGAGGUUCCAGUUGAAGCUUUGA